AUGGGCUUCGUUGAUGACUGGCGGCCUAUCACUGUUUGUAGAAUGGUGAUCGGCGGGUUCGAAGCCGGAUUUUUACCGUGCUGUAUGUUUCUACUGUCCACCUGGUAUCAGAGAUUUGAAAUUCAACAACGGAUGGCUUUCUGGCAUCUCAUUUAUCUCUUUAUUUCCGCAUUUGGAAACAUUUUGGCUUAUGCAAUUAUCAAACUAGAAGGUGUGCAUAGUAUUGAGGGAUGGAGAUGCAUAUUCAUUGUUGAAGGCGUAGCAACACUCGAUGUUGCCAUAUUCGGCUACUUCCUCGUUAUCAGUUUCCCCGAUCAAAUGCUUGCCUCUGGAAAACGCUAA